GCGCAUGAUCAGAACCGGAGAGUUGGCUGGAAAAUUGCGAAUUUUCUCUGGGAACAGAAAAUAUCUCGGCAGUCUCUCCCGCAUAUUGCAAAUAAUCGCACUCGCAAUCGAUUGUCUGGUGUGUCGAGGGCACUUUUCCCACAGAGAUUUCACCACAAGUUGCGCCAAAUUCUCAGUCUUUUCGGGACAUAAAGUGCGCUAAAAUGUACUCCAAGUGCCACUAUUGAAGGCAUAAAGUGAGUGAUAGUGCGGGAAGUGUAGUUUGUGUGACGUUGCAAAUUAGAUGUGAAUGAGGAAAUAGAGAGGCUUUGGGUGUCAAGGCAAAAGCUUAAAAUAUCCAGAGAAGUUUUCAUGGAAAAGUCAUGGAAAAAUCCACAGCAUGUUGAGUGCCGUUGAGCGGCUUCAUUGUGCCUAAGGAGGGUUUAUCAGCUUCAAUCAUUCCGGCGAAGGACUUUGACGACACCAUGGAUGACGACACAGAGGACAAGGAUGACUCCAAGAGGAAAUCGAGGAAUUUGAGUGAGAAAAAGCGACGCGAUCAGUUCAAUUUGCUGGUCAAUGAACUGAGUUCAAUGGUGUCGGCGAACAACAGGAAGAUGGACAAGUCCACGGUGCUCAAGUCCACCAUCGCCUUCCUAAAGAAUCACAACGAGAUUGCCCUGAGAUCCCGCACACAUGAGAUUCAGGAGGAUUGGAAGCCGUCAUUUCUCUCAAACGAAGAGUUCACACACCUGAUACUUGAGGCGUUGGAUGGUUUCAUCAUGGUCUUCUCCUCCACCGGGAGAAUUUUCUAUGCUUCCGAAAGUAUUACCUCACUUCUUGGACACUUGCCGAGCGAUCUUCUUAACAUGACGAUCUACGACUUGGCCUAUGAAGAAGAUCACUCAGAACUCUACAAUGUCCUUCUGAAUCCAGCGGCAAUCACGGAUCCUCUGCAGAACAACCUAACAAGAGAGAAUCAAAUCCUCUUCUCGUGCCAUUUAAAGAGAGGCGCAGGCGGAAAUGAUUUCCGCGAUGGGAUGACCUACGAACUAGUGCAAUUUGUUGGAUACUUCAGAACUGAUGUGGACAUUGAGAAUAUGCUCCCAAACACGCGGAACUGUAUUUAUCCAUCCGAUGCGGACACAAGGCUGAUCUUUGUGGGCACAGGUCGACUUCAGACGCCACAGCUCAUCCGAGAAAUGUCGAUAGUCGACUCCACAAAAAGUGAAUUCACAUCCCGCCACAGUCUCGAGUGGAAGUUCCUCUUCCUGGACCACAGAGCGCCACCGAUCAUUGGGUAUCUGCCCUUCGAGGUCCUGGGCACUUCCGGCUAUGAUUACUAUCACUUUGACGACCUCGAGAAAGUCAUUACUUGCCACGAAGCUCUGAUGCAGAAAGGCGAAGGAACAUCCUGCUACUAUCGCUUCCUCACGAAAGGCCAGCAGUGGAUUUGGCUACAGACGCGAUUCUACAUUACUUACCAUCAGUGGAAUUCGAAGCCUGAAUUUGUGGUUUGCACGCACCGGGUUGUGAGCUAUGCCGACGUGAUGAAGCAGUCCAGGAACGGUGGGAUGACUGACACCGUGGAGAAGGAACUGGACGAAACGGAUGCAGCGACUGAUAGGCAAAUGCCAACAACGGCAAACUCCCCGUGGAGCUCCAAGAGUUCUCGAAUGUCUCGAUUUGCUGUGACGCCGGGAUCGCCGAGUGUGAAGAGCAGACAGAGAUAUCACACUUACCAUGGAACAGGCUCUGACUCAUCCGUCUCAGCCGAAUCUCACACGAGCAGGCAGUCCCUGAUCACUCAGUACAGUUCUCGCUCCAGGAUGAGACAGAAAGUGAAUCAUCAAAACCCACCGCAACAGAUGCAUCAAGUUCCGGCAGCAACGAGUCAGAGACAAUGUCAAGCGCCUCAAAUUAUGGGACCCACUUUUCUAGAGCCUCCUCAGUAUCUCACGGCGAUUCCUGUUCAGCCUGUCUUGGCACCGGCGCCUUUUACAGCUGCAGCGACAGUUAUUUCACCACUGCAGCCCACUGAACUCAUUCACAGUGGUGUCGUAAUGACUCCGGCACAGAGUCAGAUCCAGGAUCAAUUGCAGAGGAAACACGAGGAGUUGCAGCAUCUCAUAGUGCAGCAGCAAGAGGAGCUGCGGAGGGUUUCUGAGCAGCUUCUGAUGGCUCGAUACGGUCUUUUGCCGGUGAACGUGUCUCUCCCGCCCACCAGUCAGGCCACCACCACAACUCGCCAAUCCAUCAACAGCACAGUAACUCAUUUGUCACAGAAUCCCCUCAUGAUAGAGGGAGAUCCGGAAGGAUCUGGAAUGGGAGUUCAGACGUCAGGCGAGAUGGUUUCCUACAUGCAACUAAAUCCAGUUCCCACAUCCAAUUUGCAACAUCAGAACCCGAAUCAAAGAGCGGCCGAGAUGGAUGUUCUGCCCUAUCAAUUGGGACAUCAAGAUCAGGGCCAGAUGAUGUUCGAUCCUACAAACCUACGAUCUCCGUCAUCUGAGCCGCACAGUCAGUGAGGAGAGGAUGCAGAAAAAAGAUGGAAAAAUUGAAUUGCUGUGACAUGGCAGAGGAAAAUACGCCAAAAGGUUAUCGCAUUGGAGUGCGGCAAGUGUGCGACAAACACUCUAAAUUAAUAGAUUCUGUGUAUCUCUUCCCAAAUACUACACUCCACAUCAUAUUUACAGUGACGCGCGAUGUUUUCUACAAUACAUACAACUCUCUUUUGACGAACAGGGUAUACAACGCUGUGAGAAAUACAUUUUAAGUGUGACAA